CCUCCCCAAGCGAAGCCUUGCUCGGCCCAAUGGCGGACUGGACUCAGCGCAGGAGUCAUGGCGUGUGACAUCUUGGAGGAGCUCCCAGAGGGCGUUCUCAAGGAGAUCCUGGAGCCUGGCACUGGCGUAGAACGGCCCCGGGCGGGGGAUGAGCUGCAGAUUGCCUUCAAGGGCUUCCUUCCAGAUGGCAAGGAGUUCCACCGCAGCGAGGACUUUCACUUCAAGCUGGGCCAGGGUGAGGUGAACAAAGGUUUGGACCUGGGCCUGGCGACCAUGGCCAAGGGCGAGCAUGCCCGGCUCACGCUCAGCCCGGAGUUCGCUUAUGGAGAAGAGGGCGUGCCAGGCAAGAUCCCGCCUCAGGCGACGCUGAGCUUCGAGGUGACCUUAGCCGCCUGGGAGCGAAAACACGAGCUGCUCGCGGAGGGCAUCAGCAAGGUGACGCUGCGCGCUGGGCAGGGGAAGAGGGGACACCGGAGCUUUGCAGCGCUGCUGCGCUAUACGGCGCGAACGGAAGGCACCGGUGACUCGGGCGGCUCUGAAUUCAGCUCGGGGGAGGUGGAGCUGGCGCCGGGGCAGUGCCUUCUGGCGCUGCCGAGUCGGAGCUGGGAGCUGCUGCUGGGCAGCAUGCGGCAGAAGGAGCGAGCGGUCUUCACGCUUCAGCCGCACGCGUACGGGCAGAGCUCAGCGUUUGAUGGCAAGGUGCCAGAGGGUGCCACGAUCCUCCUAGACCUGGAGCUAUUGGACUUGCUCGUGGUUGAAGAGUGCGGCCUCCUCAAGGACUGGGCUGGGGAGCCGAAUUUCCCGCGGGUCACCAAGAAGCAGCUGGAGGAGGGCAAGGGCGACGCGCCCGCAGAGCUCGCAGAGGUCACUGCCCGCCUGGACGGUCAGUUGGUGACCUGGACCCUCCUGGAGGAUUCCAAGCGCUGCGAGGCGGUGGAGUCUGCCGUGCUGAACAUGGCGCUCGGCGCCAGGUGCCAGGUGGCGUCCGAGGACGAAAACAUGUGGCAGGACGAGCUGCAGCUGGGCCCACACUGCACCGUAGAGCUCGUCGCCUUCCAGAGUGCGCCGGACUGGCGCAGCAGCAGAGCGCAGCGCCUGGACUCCGGAGGGCGCCUGAAGCAGCGGGGCGCGGAGAUGAUGAAGGCCAAGAGCUUCCGGCGCGCCUGCUGGCUGUACCGUCGAGUGCAGGACUACUUUGGCUACAUCGAGGAUUGGCCAGAAGAGGAGAGGUGUCAAGCAGAAGCCCUGCGGCAACAAUCCAAGUCCAAUGAGGUGAUGGCCUGGAUCAAGUUGGAGCAGUUCCAGUAUGCCGUGGAUUUGUGCACCGAGAUCCUGAAUGGAGGGGGCGGCAGCUGUGCGGACCCUGGCAACCUGAAGGCGCUCUUCCGGCGCGCGCUGGCGUGGCUUGGCUUGGGCGAGGCGGAGAAGGCCCUCCGAGGCUUCCAAGAAGUCCUCGACAAGGAUCCAAGCAACAGCGAAGCGAGACAGCAGCUGACAAAGGCGCGGCUGCUGCGAAAGCAGCAGACGGAGCACAGCCAAGGGCUCAUGAAGGGCAUGAUCAGCGGUGCUGGCAGCUUGCAGUACCCCAUGGGCUACACGUCUGCGGAGGGUGAGAGGGACCGGGAGCGAGAAGCGAUGAUGGAGCAGAUCGACAAGAUCAAGAGCUCUGGACCGUUGGUUCUGUAGCCUCAACCAACAACAGCAGGGCGCCCUUGUUUGCUUGAGUUGUUGUGUCGGUUUUAACGCAAGUAUCUACGAAGAGAAAGCUGCAACUGGCGGCCGGGGCUUCAUUGUGCCCGCCCAAGCGGCCACUCGUAUGUGGACAUUCCCCAUGUACGUGGCGUAAAGGGUCGCCAACCAGAAACAUACCAGUUUAGACUCCGGCCAGAAAUUUCAACGCUGGCUCUCAGCCUGGCUGACGGCUGGAGUGGCAUGCGCUCGCUCUCAGAGACGCCGAAUGGCCUAAACAGAGCAAGGCUUGGGGCCGUUGGCGCAAAGUUUUCAAUACACUUCCGACUUCGAAGUCUCACGCGGCGGUCGAUUUCACUUGAU